CUUUAGCUUUAGAUUUAAUAUGUUCUGUAUGGCAUGUGUGGCCAGGGGGGGUUUAGAAGAUAAAAUGGAUGCUUAUGCCCCCCUUAAGUAUAAGCUAUGAGGAUAAGAGUGUUGUAUAUCAUCAGCCAAAGCUGGUGAAGAUUUAUCUUUUUUAUUGUUGUUGUAUGCAUACUGCUUCCAGUAACCGUUUACUGCUGAUCCACGUGCCCUCAUUUGGAAAGUGUCUUGCAACUUUGGAUUUUGAUCUUAAUUAAAAGAGACAAGUGUGAGAUCACCGCAUUCUUUGAUAGCCCCCCCCCCCCCUUUUUAAAUGAUACAUUUACAUCUUUUCUUCCUUGAGAUCAUGUCUUUCCUUAUAUGCACCCCUCUGCGAAUUCCUAAUACGAACCUCAAUCACGUAUGAUUGCGUUAAAAGAGUUGAAGAGGGAGAGGAGAGGGGGUGAGAGAGAGACAGAGAGAGAGGGAGAGAGAGAGAGAGAGAGAGAGAGAGAGAGAGGAGGCUAUGGACCGAGACCGUCCACUCUCGCUGUCGGCGAUGUAACACACCGACAGCAUCCAUUCUGGACACGCUGGAAAUAACGCUUAGGCUACUUUAUUAUUCGUGCGCUACAACAAAAAGCACUCUGGCAUGUGUUCGCCUCAACUAAUUGUUGCUUUUCAGACGAGAAUCCCUCCCCGCAGGCUUAAAUCACAUCUCUGCAGCAUCCUUGCAGAGUAGCCUCUGCUGCCGAUUCCAUUUUUCCGGCUGCAAUUUAACGGUGCCAUCGACAGAACCGGAGACUGGGCUCACAUAUCUCCGUCUUCCCCCGGACCAGCAGCGGACGUUGUCAUUCAUCGAUGUGCAUGGAGUAAAUAAUUAGGGGUGGGAGGAAAAAAAAAAAAGUUUCCUUUCUCCAGCCACACACGAGCGUCUCGUUUAUGUUUUUUUUUUUUUUUUUUUUUGGUUGAUGCGAAUUAUUUAAAAAAGCCGUCGGGAAGCCAGAGGAUAAGGGGGGCAGAUGAGGAUUACGAAGUCGUGCUCGCCAGACGCGCCACCGUUCACCUGGAAUACCUGAAGCUCUCCCAUGACACGCAGCUGCAUCAACUUAUCAAGACUGUUGCAUGUAUUCACGGCUGAUAUGUCGGCCCCUGUGGCCUAGCCCGUAGAUUUAUGUUUUAUCAAAGAUCGGCCGCUGUUGAUUUGAAGCUCUAAACUCGCAGCAGCUGAAUUACUGUCCCCCCCGUCAAGAGGAUGCUGCCUGAAGCGGAAUGAUGCUCGGGACUCGGAGGAUUUUCUGAUCAGGAUGACAUUUGGUUGAAAACACUCGUGGACCUAAAACAUAUAUUCAAAUAUCUCGUUUUUUUUUUUCUUUUCUUUUGCGCCAAGAAGCUGCACCAAGAUCCGACCUCUGCCGAACUAGACUCUCCGAUUUCAGACUCGGUUCGGGGAGAUGGCCGCGAUCGCCAGCUCCCUGAUCCGGCAGAAACGCCAGGCAAGGGAGUCGAACAGCGACCGGGUCUCUACUUCUAAACGUCGCCCAAGCCCGAGCAAAGACCCCCGCUCUCUUUGCGAGAGACAUUUCUUGGGGGUCUUCAGCAAAGUCCGUUUCUGCAGCGGCAAGAAAAGACCCGUUCGGCGGCGACCAGAUGCACCCUCGAAACCUCCACAGGUGUCCCAUAAGGGCUGCAGGCUAGAGCCGCAGCUGAAAGGCAUCGUGACACGACUGUUCAGCCAGCAGGGCUUCUACCUGCAGAUACAGCCGGAUGGAACCAUCAACGGCAUCACGGACGAGAACAGCGACAACACCCUGUUUAAUCUUAUUCCUGUGGGUCUGAGAGUGGUGGCCAUCCAGGGAGUAAAGAGUGGCUUCUACAUUGGCAUGAAUGGCGAGGGCUCGCUCUACGGCUCGGAGAUGUUCACACCGGAGUGCAGGUUCAAGGAGUCUGUUUUUGAGAACUACUAUGUGGUCUACUCGUCCACUGUGUACCGUCAGCAGGAGUCGGGCCGGGCCUGGUUCCUUGGCCUCACAAAGGAUGGGCAAGUCAUGAAGGGCAACCGGGCCAAGAAGACUAAACCCUCAUCACACUUUGUGCCCAGGCCCAUUGAAGUUUGUAUGUACAGGGAGCCGUCAAUGCAUGAGGUAGAGGACAAGCACCGCUCCAGGAAGAGCUCAGGGACUCCCACCAUGAAUGGAGGGAAAGCUGUCAAUCACCGCACCACAUAGCAGCAGGGGGAGGGUCUUCCAGCAGGGGGGAGUGGCCUCAUCCUGACUCAAGGGGAGGGGCCCAAGGAAAACUUACCGACCCCCCCCACAAUACGCACCACCAUCCCCUCUGAUAAAAAGAGGGUGUUGCGACGACGAGGAGCUAUUACUGUACACUGAAGACAACAAAAACUGAACUCUUGCCUGUGAAAACCUUUUAGAUGAAUUAAUAUGAAACCAGAGGAUAUAUAUAUAUGAGAAAAAAAAAAACAUUUUCAAUCAGGACUUGACCAACAUUUUAUGCAAAAAAAAGAGAAAAAGCUGUGAUAAAUAAACAAAGGAAUGGUGGUCUCUCUUCACACAGAUACAAAUAUCUAUCAUUUCCAAUUUAUGCUGUGAAAAACAAGCUUUAAUACAUGUUUUCAUACCCUGUUUUUCUUUUCUAAAUGCUAUUGCACUCUCAUAUGCUUUCUUGUGUUAUCGUUGUCAGUAAUAACUAUACCACCAUCACCAUUACUAAUCUGUUGAUCUCCUCAUCCCAGUUAAUAUCAUGAUUGUUCUGUUUUUGUUUUUCUGAGACUGAAGCAAGAUUUUUAUUUUUUUCCCAAUUACUUUUGUCUUUUCUCUUAUAGUUUGAUCUUGAAUGCACUGUCACACUACCUGAUCUGGUGUGAAGGUAAGGCUGAAUGUAUUUGAUAGUUCUCUGUGUUGGACUCCAAUGGAAACAGAGUGCUUAGGGUGGGAUGUAAUUUACUCAGGUGUGUACUGUAAGUGUAACUAAUAUGACUAAUAAGAAAGAUAGGGCUGUUUCAAAUACUCUAACAUGGAUCUCCCUAUGUUCUUCUGUUAUGACAGGACAGGACAAGCAAUAUAAUAGAGAGCACUAUGUAUGUCUCUAAAUUAUAGUAAUAAGCUGAUAACACAUCUCUGUUGUCGGUGUGUUGUUCAGCCGUGAAGUUUGACAAAGAAAGUUGUUUAAGUAGGUUUAUGUUUGAAUCAGAAGAAAACCUGUUUUGAUAUUGUUUCAGUAUACUCUUAACAUUUUCAAGGGUUAUUAGGUUUUAAGUAGAGAUGUCCAAACUCAAAAAAAGAAAUAGUAUUCUCUCCAAAAGCUGAGAGAAAGAUAAUGACCAGCAUAAGCACUAUGAGCCACGGCCAAAAAAAAAAAGGUCACUUCACAUUUCCACCUCAAGUAACACAGACCCCUUUAUCUGCUGUUAGCUAGGCUAUAACAACAACUCUCAAAAUAUAACCAUAUAACAGUAUCCAGGCUUUUUAACUAUAUUGACAAAUCAUGAAAUAAUCCUCGAUUAAAAAAAAAAAGAAAAAAGACUGCUGCUGUUUUUACUAAGCAAGAGUAAGGGUGGAGGUUUUGGCAGGCCUGGCAGUGAAGAUAUGUGUUGACUGGUUUUCAAGAAGUUCUGCUAUUUCUGUUAUUUUUCUUGUGAGAGCAUUAGAGAUUUCUCAACACUGGUGGACAGGGUGCCUGACUGUUUAAUAAUCCACUGACCUGACUUGUUAAUGUUCUCAAUGUAUGGUCACAAUCAUUAAGACUUCCCCAUCACAAUGGAAGCAGAACAUCUCAUUGAGGAACCAGUUCAUCUGGAUUUAGCCAGGUUUGGGGAGGAUGUCCUACCAUCCCGGUGAGAGUGUCUCACCGCUUGGUUUCACUGACAUGGUAAUCCAUACAGUCUCCAUCCCCCCUGGCUUUGUGACCCAUGAAAUGAGCCAUUUGCUGCAUUGUGGAGGAAAGCUUCUCUUUCAUAAAUCAACAUGCUGACAGGGCUGUAUAAACAAGGUGAAUUGACUGGUACACCGCGUACGCCAUGUACGCCACAUAGCUCAUUCCUAAUCCCCAAUUAGUUUGUCUAACUCAGGAAGUCCUACACUUGUUCCGUGAAAGGGGCCAGACAUAAAGGCUGGCUGCUCAUUGUCCAGCACCCGUUGCACAAAACCUGGCCACUGGUGUGGAAUUUAAGGAGGUUGGGAUGGGGUCAAUGGUGUUUUUAUCAUUAAAGGUGGUGUACAGCUAAGCCUAGCCAGGUUGGGGAGGUAGGAAAGGGAAAUCCAGAAGUCGAGACAAAGCAUGAAGAUCGCAUGACUGUAGGAGUUGAUGUAAGAGAAUUUGGGGCGAAUAGGAACUUUUAUAUGCAACGUUUUGAUCAGUAUCUCCUAUAUCUGGUUGGAAAUCAUAUGCUAAAUUGGUGGUAUAUACAGUUAAUAGCACACAUUCAGUUGCACAGAGCAAACCGCAGUGAUAUAUCAUCUAGGAGGGUCUUCCACCUGGGGCCCGGGUCCAUAGCUGGUGCGAGUUACCUGCAAGAGCUAACGGUAGAUUAGUUCAACUUCCACAGCACCUACAGCAUAACACUGAUACAUACAGUAUAUUAGACAUGACACUUGAACGUCAGCAGGCAAGACCAGCAUAUAUAGGUAUCUUUUUAUAGAGGUUUAUAUUGGUGCAAAUGAGAUACAUGUGGACUUAAAGCAAUGCAUGAAAUUGGAUGUACUCGAUGUCAACUGUUGACAGCGGAAUGAGAGGAUUUGAGAAAGGGAUGAAUAAAGAAGGAAGUAAAAAUAGCUGAUGUGAGAGAGCCGUAAAAGAGAGCACUUUUUAUUCGAGGGGGUUUAUUGAUGUAUGAAAGGGUAAGCAAAGGCUUUGGUUGUAUGUGAUAUUAAGUAUAAUUUAUUAUUUUUAUGUUUGCAGAUGAUUUCACUGCAUUGGAACACGCUCAUAUAUGCAUUAUGAAUUGUGAGAUGAAUAAAAAAUAUGCAUUGAUAAUAAAAAUCAGAAUGAAGUUAGUGAUUGUUUAAGAAUAAAGACUAUGUUAUCAAAAA